AUGACCAAAUCGAAUCAGAGCUUCCUACCCCAAGCGGAGCAGAAAAGGAGCACCGGAAAUCCCUCCAAAGUGUCAGCGGUAUGCUGGAAGUGUCGAUAUCAUCUUCAACUUGUUGUUAGCUCGACUCCCGGCAUUGGUCAAUCCAGUCAAGGGUUCGCGGAUCACCUGCAUCAUCUGGUCUAUAAAUCUGGAAGGCAGAAAGGAGGCGCUUCGCCAGCGGAGAUAACGCCUAAAGGACAGACUGUGGAAACCUUUCAAUACGAGUGUUCAUAUCUCACAUGUCCUGUGACGGUGGCUGUGCGAAUCGCAUCGCCAAUUCUUGCUGACGAAUGGGUGCGGCAGCUGGUAGACCCCGAUCUGCUGCGGCAGCGGGCGGAUGAGGCUAUUGCGACGCAUCCUGAGCGUUUGGAAGGUGUUGGUCGACCGUCGCCUAUUACGGUUCUAGAGAAUCUUCGCACUUACAUAUCCAAUGCCCUUCACAACAGCCAGCAGAGCAAAUCUAUAUCUGCGAUAAAUAAGAGAUUCAUGACUUGUUUCGGCGUCGAAGGAAGGCCGUGUAAAGAUCUGUUGGAAUUCCUUGGUUUUUCUGUGAAGAAUGAGGGAUUUUGGGAGCCUCCCAAACCAAAUCCUUGGGCGGAGUAUCCUUAUCAGGAUCAACUGAAGAUAUUUCUCGACGACGUUAUACAUGAACUCUCCGCACUUAUAGAGCAGCGACCGUUGGCAGAGAAGAAGUCUCAUCAGGUGCAGAAUACCGACACUCCGGCGUUGAGUGAUAUCCUCUAUGCAAUGGAUGCUUUAGAUUAUCCCAAAGCUCUGAGGGCGAAUGAGUUCCAAAUGGCGCCUGCACCUUACUACGAAGAUUUGGGUGUCGUGGAGGACAUGUCCGCAUCGUCAGUUGUGGAAGCCUUCAAUAGGCAAGUUUCCAUCGAUCCAGCAAGGUCACCGCUUUACCUACAGUGUCUCAAGUCUAUUGGGAACUUGAGGGGUGGCGAUGAUGCCCAGAUCAUAGAAACGGCGGUUCAAUUAGCCUACGCUGAGGGUCGAUACACUCAGGAGGAUAUUGUGGAUGCUUACAGGUACUUCGGACUUGAUCACAAUGACCCUCGCCUCACCGAUGAAAGCAUAAUUGGGAAGUUCUACGCUUUUAUGAGUUCUACUACACAGGAGAAUGAAUCGCGCAUUCGUCUCUGGAGAAUCGGGGAUAGCAGAAGAAGUGAGCGUAUCAAGUCCGUGGCGGAAGACAGGGUCACCAAUGUUGAGCAGGCCGAGAUCUUCCUCGGCGUCGAUAGCACAACAAGCGAUGAGUUCGUUCUGACCAUGUAUACCACGAAGGUUAAUGACAACCCGGAGACUAGGGACAUUGCACGGCGUGCUGUCGAGCUCAUUGCAGAAGGCCGAAAUUCGGCUGUCUUGAGACAUUUUCUCAAGACCGGCGAAAUGACAACCGGGGAAAUGGAUGUCGCCGACGCCUAUCGCUUGCUCCAGAUUCCUGAUCGGACCGUGGACGAUGCAGCGAUAAUGGCAGCUUACACAAUCUGUGUUGAUGAAGCUCCUGGACAAGCCGAGCGAUACUAUCAAGCCUUGAGCAUCAUCGCCAAGGAAAAGAAUAGCUCUCUACUCAGCAGUAUGAUCGCUGGGCCGGGCGCCGAAUCUGGCCGUGACUUGUCCGAGUGGCCCGUCGGACUGCAGAACAUUGGCAAUACUUGCUAUCUCAAUAGCUUACUACAAUUUUAUUUCUCCAUUCGCCCGUUCCGGGAGAUGGUCCUGGACUUUGAGAGUUUCAGGAUGGAGCUCGAUGACGAGAGUUUGAGCAAGAAACGUGUUGGUUCCCGCGAAGUCCUGAAAAAAGAGGUUGAGCGGUCUCAGACGUUCCUGAGAGAAUUACGGACGCUGUUUCAAAACAUGAUCACUUCAUCAAAUUCUUUUGUGACUCCUCGUCCGGAGUUAGCACGUUUGACGCUAAUAAGCCCGUCCAACGAGGCAGCAAUUCGGCGCCGGUCGACGAUAUCUAUGACCCGACCUGGCGGACUGGGAGAGAUCAACGGCAUGCCUAUCAUGGGUCCCCUCGGCCCGCCACUGCCAAUGGCAGAUCAAACUCAAAGUCCAACAGAUGCCGAGACAGAGACGCCCAAACGUAAAACAACAAGCGACGUGGAUAGCGAAGCGACCCUUGUCUCAGAGACUGCCAAGCCAGAUACGUCGUUGGGUCCCAGUGAGGACAAGGAAAACGAAGUCCCCCCCGCGGAUGCCAUGUUGACAGAUAUCCCAGUAUCCCAAGAUAUUGAGAGCAAUCUUUCUCCCAAAGAUGAGACGCCGGCUAUCGCUUUCGGGCCACCGAACCAGCCCCCUCCAGUACCUCCGCGACCAACAAUACAAGUUGAUCCACAAAAGCAGCUUCUGGAGGAGGUAGAAAUCGGUGCUCAACAGGAUGUCACCGAAGUGAUCAACAAUGUCCUUUUCCAGAGCCAAUGCGCAAUCAAGCCGAUCGCGUUCGCCCAGGACGGUGAACAACUUGAUCAGGUGAAAGACCUAUUCUAUGGACGGACCAAGUCAUAUAUUCUCGCGGAAGCAGGUGCUCGGUCCAAGGAGGAAUGGUGGUGCGAUAUCAAGGUCGACGUCGCGACGGGACCUCGUGAUAUUUAUUCAGCGAUUGAUGGCGCAUUUGAUGCCCAAAAAGUCAAUGUCGAUGAUACCGUCGUGGAGCAAUUCGGUGCCAUCAGCAAGCUACCUCCGGUCCUUCAAAUCCAAGUGCAACGGGUACAAUUUGACCCAGUCAAGAAGAGCUCUUUCAAGUCCACGCAUCACCUUGAGCUCAAGGAAACGAUCUACCUUGAUCGUUAUAUGGACACGCAGCAUCCUGAGAUCAUGAAUCGACGACGGCAGUGCUGGGAAUGGAAGAAUACGCUGAAGACACUUGAAGAUCGCCGUGCCGAGCUGCUACGUCAAACCGAAAAUGACGGCCUUGACAUGGCAACCCUCUUUGAUAGCGCUAGAGCGGUUAUUGAAGAUUUGGAUCAACUAAAGGCGGAUCCAGAAACUGCUGACGAUGGGCUCGACUUCAACCCACAGCUUCCAUCUGAGCUAGCCCAACUCUCUCAGAUUGCAAAAGCCGAAUUGAACUAUGUCGAACAAGAGAUCAAAGAUACACAAACUAUGAUCUCCAGUCAGUUUGUCGACUUCAAGCAUCUGGCCUAUCGGUUAUAUGCGGUCUUCGUGCACCAUGGGUCUGUUGAGUUCGGCCAUUAUUAUAUCUAUAUUUUUGAUUUCAGGAAGAAUGUCUGGCGCAAAUACAACGACACUGAAGUCACCGAGGUGACCAACACGGACGAGAUUUUUAAGAACCAAGAACGCCAAAACCCUCCUACCCCAUACUUUCUGGUUUACGUCAACGAUGGCCUCAAGGGUCGCCUGGCCGAUCCUGUUUGCAGGCACAUUAUUGAAGAUCCUGCACCCAGCGAAACUAUCCCUUCAACAGAACCCAUUGUUCACAUGGAAGGGGUUGCUGCGGCAACUUUGACAUCUCAACAGGACCUGGACACGGAACCUCCUGCCUACGAUGAGGCUCUGGCUGAUACUCAGAAUUCAGGUACGAAAGCUGUCCUCGAUGUAAAGUGA